UUCAUUUAGAACAGAUGGCCAUCCUAUUAUGGUAACUGGUAGCUCUGCUGGUCAUAUUGCUUUAUGGAAUCUAGAAGAAAGGAAGUUACAGUGUCAGAUGAGAGAUUGUCAUACAACUGCUGUAACAGGGAUGAAAUGUCUUCAAUCAGAACCGCUAAUGGUCACUUCAGCUGCAGACAAUACUCUUAAAGUGUGGAUAUUUGAUAUGCCCGAUGGAUCUGGUCGUUUACUGCGUCUGAGAGAAGGUCACAGUGCACCACCAAAUAAAGUGUCACAUUACGAUACAAACGGUCAUAAUAUUUUAAGUGCAGGUCAGGACAGUACGUUACGUUCAUUUUCUACUCUACAUGAUAAACAUAACAAGAAUCUAGGUCGGGCCUCUUUUGAUAAGGCAGCGAGUAAACAUUCGGGGCUGAAGAAAGAUUUACAUAUGAUGCCACCAAUAACACAAUUUACUUCAGAAUGCAGUAGAGAAAGUGAUUGGGAUAAUAUUGUAUCAUGUCAUCGAGGAUUAUCAUUAACAACAACCUGGAACUACAACAAGUCUUCAAUGGGCAAAUAUAAAUUUAAUCAUGAAAGAUUUGAAACUGAUCCCAAAUAUAAAAACACAACUGCAACAGCUGUAAAUAUUACAUCUUGUGGUAAUUUUGUAUUAAUUGGUUAUAGUUCUGGUCAUGUAGAUAAAUAUAAUUUACAGUCAGGUUUACAUAGAGGAUCAUAUGGUAAACCAACAGCCCAUGAUUGUUGUAUACGAGGUGUAGUUGUUGAUGGUUUAAAUCAAAUCACAAUAACAGCAGGACAAGAUGGUACAGUUAAAUUCUGGAAAUUUCAUAAACCUGAAUUAAUAGAAUCUAUUCAACUUGCUUCUGAUAUAUCACAUGUGUUAUUACAUAGAGAGAGUUCAAUGGCAGCAGUAGCAUUAGAUGAUUUUACGGUGUCUAUAGUAGAUAUUGAUACUAGAAGAGAAGUCCGAAGAUUUGAAGGACAUGAUAAUAGAAUCACAGAUAUGACAUUUAGUCCUGAUGCUAGAUGGUUGAUUACGGCAGCCAUGGAUGCUACAGUUAGAACGUGGGAUCUACCAACAGGAAAAUUAGUUGAUUGUUUCCUGAUAGAUUCAGCUGUGACGUCGUUAAGUAUGUCACCAACGGGAGAUUUUCUCGUGACAACACACGUUGAUAAUGUUGGUGUUUAUCUCUGGUCCAAUAUGACCUUAUAUUCCUUCGUAUCACUACGCCCUCUAGAACAGACGUAUGAACCUAAAAUAAUGGUGAUGCCUGGAACUAACAUAGAAAAAGAUGUAAAAGAAGAGAGUUCAGACGAUGAAGAAGAAGAAGAGUUGAAUUUUUAUAAAACGCCGGAACAAAUAUCAAAUGAAUUGGUUACCUUAUCUCUAUUACCAAACUCACGAUGGCAAAAUUUACUCUCUUUAGAUAUUAUCAAGGCUCGCAACAAACCGAAAGAACCUCCGAAGAAAGGAAAAGCAGCUCCAUUUUUCUUGAAUACUAUAGCUGGUAUAACUCCUACGUUCGAUUUAAAAAAAGAGGAAGAAGACAAAAAGAAUGAAUCACAUGUUCUGGAAGGUCGUCUUCUACCAUUAUCAGAUAUUGGUUCGGGUUUAUUGAACUGUAAAACAGAUUCUGAUUAUGAGAAAGUAAUGAAUAAAUUUAAAGGAUUAGGCCCGUCUGCUAUAGAUGUAGAGAUACGAUCUCUGGUACCAGAUGGAGGUGGAAGUGUUGAUGUCAUGGUGCAGUUUGUUAAAUUUAUCAAUCACUCCUUUACAACCAAUAAAAACUUUGAGAUCGCACAGGCAUACCUUGCUCUCUUUCUACAGUUACAUGCCGAAGUUAUCGCCAAUGAAAGACCUGUUAUAGACGAACUGGAGAAGUUAUCCCUGAAACAAAGUGAAAAAUGGACGGAAUUACAGAAUUUAUUCACACAGAGUCUUUGUUUAAUAAAUUAUCUGAGAACAGCCACAUUAUGAAUAAAAUAUUUUAAUAAA